AAUGCUGCACUGCAACUGUUAUUUUGCUUAAAAAUCAAGCGAAUUGGUGAAUAAUUUUCACUCAAAUGAACCAAUUCGCUGCAAUGAACAACUGAACGAACACAAGCCAGCCAAGACCCGCCUACAUUUCUCUCCUUCUAGAACUAAGUUCGCCAACUUUCAACGCGUAAUGUGCGGCGCUUAACCAAAUGGGAUCUGUGGAUAAAUUAAUCAGCUGGAUCUGCCGGUUAACGGUUAUUACGGCUUUCUUCUUGAUUGGCUUUAUUAUUGGUUGGUUUGCUCGACCUACUACUGUCAAUCAUGGACAUGUAUCAAAAAGCUUCCUGCACGACUUUCUAGAUGAGAUGCAGGCAGAGAAUAUUAAACACCAUCUCAGGAAGUUCACAAGGCUGCCCCACCUGGCUGGAACGCAGCAGAAUCUGGAUCUGGCGGAGCAGAUCCGGGCCGAGUGGAUGGAGUUUGGGCUGGACUCAGUGGAGCUGGUGCCGUACGAUGUGUUGCUGUCAUACCCAAAUAAAACAAACCCCAAUUACAUCUCCAUAGUGGACCACCUGGGAAAUCAGAUCUUUAACACCUCUCUGGCUGAGCCGGUCCCUGAAGGUUAUGAAGAUGUUACCGAUAUCGUCCCUCCUUAUAGUGCUUUCUCUGCGAAAGGACAGCCAGAGGAUGAGCUGGUUUAUGUUAAUUACGGACGGACGGAGGAUUUCUUUAAGCUGCAGAGAGAGUUGGGAAUAAACUGUUCAGGAAAAAUUGUCAUAGCUAGAUAUGGCAAAAUCUUCCGUGGGAACAAGGUGAAGAACGCGAUCUUAGCGGGAGCUAAGGGGAUCGUGCUGUUCUCGGACCCUGCAGAUUACUGUGCGGAUGGCGUGGAGCCGUAUCCCGACGGCUGGAACCUGCCAGGAGGAGGCACUCAGAGAGGAAACGUGCUGAAUCUGAACGGGGCGGGAGACCCGCUCACACCUGGAUACCCUGCCAAAGAAUACACCUACAGAUCUAGUCUGGAGGAUGCAGUGGGGCUUCCCAAGAUUCCAGUGCAUCCCAUCGGAUAUCAUGAUGCGGUUCACUUGCUGCAGCAUAUGGGAGGGCCUCUUCCGCUGGAUAACUGGAAAGGUGCCCUUAAUGUCUCGUACCGAAUCGGACCGGGAUUCAUGGAUGGUUUUAAUCAGAAUAAAGUGCGUAUGAACAUCCACACAAACAAUCAGGUGACCCGUAUCUACAACGUGAUUGGCUGGAUCAGAGGAGCGGUGGAGCCAGACAGGUACGUGAUUCUGGGCGGUCAUCGUGAUGCUUGGGUGUUCGGAGGCAUCGAUCCGGUGUCAGGAGCUGCUGUGGUGCACGAGAGCGUGAGAGCAGCUGGAAAACUCAUGAAGAAAGGUUGGAGGCCGAGGAGAACGCUGAUCUUUGCCAGUUGGGACGCAGAAGAGUUUGGCCUGCUGGGAUCCACAGAAUGGGCAGAGGAUAAUGCUAGAGUCCUACAGGAGCGAGCCGUGGCUUACAUCAAUGCAGACUCUGCUAUUGAGGGUAUGUACACACUGAGAGUCGACUGCACUCCCUCUCUUCACACUCUGGUUUAUGACAUCACCAAAAAGGUUUGGAGUCCAGAGGAGGGAGAGGAGGGCAUGAGUUUGUAUCAGAGCUGGCAUAAACGAGACAACUCCACAGAAAGAAAUGCACCAUGGAUCAGUAAACUGGGCUCUGGUAGUGAUUUUGAAGCGUAUUUCAUCAGAUUAGGCAUUGCAUCUGGAAGGGCGAGAUACACCAAAAACCGAAAAACCGAGCGCUACAGCAGUUACCCCGUGUACCACAAUUCUCUCUUCUCUGCGGUCGAGAACUUCACGGUUGCGGCAGGAGAUUUUCAUCAGCGACUUGAUCAGCUUGACACCUCUAAUGCUCUGGCCGUGCGGAUGGUAAAUGAUCAGCUGAUGUAUUUAGAGAGAGCUUUUAUUGAUCCGCUGGGUUUGCCUGGGAGACCAUUUUACAGGCAUAUUAUUUUUGCGCCCAGCAGUCAUAAUAAAUACGCGGGUGAGUCUUUCCCAGGGAUUUAUGAUGCUUUGUUUGACAUUGAGAACGCGGUGGACCCGCAGAAGGCCUGGGACGAGGUCAAACGCCAAAUCAGCAUCGCCGCCUUCACUGUCAACGCCGCUGCCGAGACACUAAAGCCUUUCUAGACAGCCUUCCUUUACUUCUGGAUUUCAAAACAUGCCAUGGAUACAGGACUACAACAGUCAGAAAAAUAGUUAGUUAAUAUGUCAGUGUUUCCUCAAACGCAGCAACUACAAAGGACUUGACAUUCAGAUCUGGCUCUCAGAAGCGAGUAGAUACAUUUUUGAUAUUCAAGGAAUAGUUCACCCAAAAGUUACAAUUUGCUGAAAGUGUCCUC